AAAGGGGCGUAUUUUCAAGCCAUCUUGACUGAAUAUUUAGCCUCAUCCAGGGCGCAUUAAUUUUAUAUCUUCGUGAUUUCAACAUUUUUGUAAUAAUAACCGAUACUGUUGUGAAGGUCCAUCCCUGAGCCAUGGACCCGUGCGCAGCUGUCGUGUCUCACUGCGCUCUGGGCGGAAAACUGCAGGGCUGAAGAUGACACUGUCGCUCCUGAAUUACCGGCUAGCUAAGCUAACAUGAGCAUGUCCGCCUCGGCUGAGGUCUGCUGUGGUCUGUCAGCGGCUCUCAUUUAGCCUGCUGCUUAUUGUACGUGACACCUCUCCGCGGGGGAGCGCCGCACGAGGAAUCUGGUGUAUGUCCCACACAUACACGGAGGCGGGAAUGUGAGACGCCCACAGGAGCGCCAUCAUGGGCCGGGGUCGAGGUCGCGGCAGAGGUCGAGGCCGGGGCAGCUCUGGCACCCAAAGACCGGCCUCCCCUUACAAACUGCAGCUCUCUCCGUCCCGAGAGACACUCACCUACGCACAGGCUCAGAAGAUCGUGGAAGUCGACCUGGAGGGAAGAAUCCACCGCAUCAACAUAUCUGACCUGCUCCCCAUUAUAACAGACGAUGAGAUGACAGCACAGGAUAUUAUAGAGUGCAACAGUAACAAGGAAAACAGUGAGGAAAAGACCCAAAGCAGAACGAGGUCUAGUCGAAAAGUCGCGAAUAACAAAAACAAAAAGAGCGGGAAGAAUCAACAACGGUCACAUCAGCAGAGUGGAAACACAAACUCCACACAGCACCAUUCGCCUUUGCCUGAACCGAAAUUUCGCUUGUUGAAAUCAGUGAGCCUGUCCGAAGCACCAUCUCUGCCAUCGGCUUAUUAUCGCUUCAUAGACAAAACAGGGGAGGAACAGGACAAUGUAGCAGAGUACGAUAUGGAUGAAGAGGAUUUAGCCUGGUUAGAAAUGGUUAACCAAAAACGAGUACGGGACGGUGUAGCCUCAGUACCUCCGGACACUUUCGAACUCCUUAUUGAUCGAUUGGAAAGGGAGUCCAUAUUAGAAUCCCGCAGUCAAGCUUUGGCCCAGUGUGCUGUCGACGAGGAUGCCUUUUGCUGUGUUUGCCUGGAUGACGAAUGCCUAAAUAGCAACGUCAUUUUGUUUUGCGAUAUCUGUAAUUUAGCUGUUCAUCAGGAGUGCUAUGGCGUACCCUAUGUCCCAGAGGGUCAGUGGUUAUGUCGCUGCUGCUUGCAAUCCCCCUCCCGUCCUGUAGACUGCGUCCUCUGUCCCAAUCGAGGAGGUGCCUUCAAGCAAACAAGUGAUGGCCGCUGGGCUCAUGUAGUUUGUGCCAUAUGGAUACCAGAAGUCUGCUUUGCAAAUACUGUGUUUUUGGAGCCAGUUGAAGGGAUAAAGAACAUUCCCCCUGCCCGAUGGAAGCUAACGUGCUAUCUCUGUAAGCAGAAGGGUAGGGGCGCGUCAAUACAGUGCCACAAAGCUAACUGCUAUAGAGCUUUCCACGUAACAUGCGCUCAGAAAGCCGGUUUAUUCAUGAAGAUAGAUCCAGUCAGAGAAACAGGGGUAAACGGAACAACUUUCUCAGUAAAAAAGACUGCGUUCUGUGAGCACCAUUCUCCGGUUGGGGAGAGGCGGGAUGGGUCAGGAGAUGAGUCUGUCGAGGGCAGGCUGGUGGGAGGGCGGGGCAACCGGGGUCAAAGGUCGUACACCCAGAGCCCGCCUUCGCCACAAAAUAAAAAAGGUACGAAAGGGCAGAAGAAGAAGGGGACCAGAGGAGGGUCGCGGCGGUCCAAUGUGCCUCUGCUGCUCGUGCCUCAGAUACCUUCUCACAGGCUGAAUAAAAUCUGCACAGGAGUAAACGUCCAGAGGAAAAACCAGUUCAUGCAGAGACUUCAUAACUACUGGUUACUGAAACGACAGUCUAGAAAUGGGAUGCCUUUAAUACGACGCCUACACUCCCAUAUGCAAACCCACAAAACCACUGAGCAGAAGGAGCCUGAUGAGAAGCUGUGCGCGGCAAGGGAGGAGCUGAGAUACUGGCAGAAACUGAGGCAGGACCUGGAGAGAGCCCGGCUUCUGAUCGAGCUCAUCCGAAAGAGAGAGAGGCUAAAGAGGGAACAGAUGAAAAUCCAACAGGCUGCUCUUGAGCUAAAGCUAACUCCAGCAUUGGUGCUCCUUCGAACAACUUUGGACCAACUACAGGAGAAGGACACAAGUAAAAUAUUCUCACAACCCGUCAAUCUUUCAGAGGUCCCAGAUUACUUGGAGUUUGUUUCCCAGCCCAUGGAUUUAGCCACAAUGAGAUCCAAGCUAGAGGCCCACGGCUACACGACCAUCUCAGAACUGCAGAAGGACUUUGAACUCAUGAUCGCCAACUGCCUCAAGUACAACUCUAAAGACACCAUGUUUCAUAAGACGGCGUUACAGAUGAAAGACGUAGGGGGCGCUAUCUUCAGACAAGCCCAAAGACAGUUCCAGAGCAUUGGAUUGGACCCCAGCACUGGGAUGCAUCUACCAGAAGAAACCAACAAACAUGGCUUCUACAACUGCACAUGGGAUGAUGUUGACUCGUUGCUGGAUCCAGAGAACAGACUGCACCUAACGACAGAGGAGCAACUGAAAGCUUUACUGGAUAAAUUAGACAUGGUAACGUCGAUGAAAACCAGCGGCGGUCGAACCAAACGUAUUCGGUUACUGCGCAGAGAGAUCAACUCGCUCAGACAGAAGAUGAGCCACCAGCACGCAGUCAACGGGAACGACAAAAAAGAGGAAGACGGCGAGGAGGAGGAGCAAGUGAAGGAACGAGGAAGGAGGAAGAAGAAGGAACGAACUGAGGAGAAGGAUAUUACAAACACAGUAGAUGACGUCCCUCCAGUACUUGAACUCACUUGCCCUGUGUCAUCCCCUCUACCCGGAGAUGCCCCUCUUGAGCCCCCUGACCUCAGCAUCGUUUCUGGGGGUCGGAGGUCACCUGGCCGCUCCUACAAACGGCAGAGAUCGUCCCGUAGUGGCAGCAAGAGUCAAGGAGAGGAUGAGGCAGAGGUAGCCGAAACGCGAUCGUCCCAACAAGAGGCAGAGCAUGAAGCCACGCCCCUGGGUACCCCUCCAUCUCUGCCUGUGGUCGGAGUAGGGCGGCGAACAUCUGUGCUCUUUAAAAAGGCCAAAAAUGGAGUGCGAAUGGUGAAAAACAAGAAAGAAUGUGAGGCCAAAACAAAUGGACUAGAUAGUGCUCCUGUCAGCCCCAAGUCUCCAGGUGUGACCAACGUGAUCUUACCCCCUACCCCAUCCCCCACUCCACCCUCUCCAUCACACCACCUGAGGUCGAGAGCACAGAGCUUGUACAAUGAAGCAGAAAAACCUCCAAUACUCAAUAAAGAAGAUCUGACCAAUGGGAAGCACACCUUGACUGAUGCUGAAGAUGAUGAAGAGCAAGACUGCAGUCCUCCUCCAAAACGCAGUCGGGGAAAGCCAGCUCUGGCUAAAGUUCCUGAGAGUGAAAAUGGAGAGAUCUCUACUAGCAGUUCUUCACUGUCAGAGGACACUUAUACGGAGCUGACACCUCUGGACUUAGUUUGGGCCAAAACCAGAGGGUAUCCUUCAUAUCCAGCAAUGAUUGUUGACCCAGACAUGCCCCAGGAAGGGCUGCUCCACAAUGGGAUCCCUAUUCCCGUGCCUCCUGUGGAGGUGCUCAAACUUGGAGAGGGCCGAGAGACGGAAGGAGAGGAAAGGCUCUUCCUGGUGCUGUUCUUUGACGCCAAAAGGACGUGGCAGUGGCUCCCGCGAAACAAGCUGGUCCCACUCGGGGCGGACGGCACACUGGACAAACUGAGAUUAAUGGAGGGAAAGAAGCCCAGUGUUCGUAAAUCUGUCCACACAGCCUACGACCGCGCCAUGAAGCAUCUGAACCACGUGAGAGAAAAUCUCAACUUCACUCCCUCCAAUUUUAUAUGACUUCAGUUUGUAUCAGACUCUUGGGGAAUUUUUCCAAAUGGUGAUUAUGAAAUAUAACUUUUGAUGGUUUUAUAUAGAAAAGGAUUGCCUUAUUUGAGAAGAUUUUAUUGAAUUGAAGCUUGAUGACAUUGUCAUGAAAUGAUUUGUCCAUUGUGUUAUGUCCCACAUGUCUUAAUACCACUGUUUUAGUGUUUGUUUUUUUAGGCACGGGAGGGUUGACUGUAAAUAUCUAAAUGUCAUUGUCUGAAUCCAAAUGUAUUUAUAUUGUGUUGGCCAUUGAACUGUCUCCUUGUGUCAAGGAAUGCAUCGGGACAUGUCAUUCAUGAAUGCAUGUCAUAUCUGGACAGUGUAAGAUUUUUGGCUCUUAAUAUUUAUUAUAGUCAAACAAAAAGCCACUGAUGACUGUGACUUGUCUUAAUGUUAUCCUCCUAUUCUAUGGCUUUCUACAAAUAUUUUUCCAAGUAUUUUAGAGAAUUUUCAACAGUCAUAAAUCAGAUGAUCUACUUUUGAAGACUAAAAUAUCUCAUUGCUUUUGGCUACAUAUCAGUCCAGGUAUGACAUGGAGAAGGUCUGUAUUGUUUUUCCAUAUUGUGAAACUGUAUCCUAGACUCUUGGUGCAGCUACAGUUUGUGGUUAGUGUGAUGUUAAGCCACUAGAAAAACGCUUAUUACUUUGUUUCUGUCUCUCACUGAAAACAGUUUGUGCAAAUUUGAGAAGAAGCACAAUCUGUUAAAACUGUAUUCUCUAGGGCCAUAUCCGAGUGGCAGUGACGUGUUUAUAUAAUAUACAUAAAUGUAAAAAGUCAAUGUAGUAAAAGGUGCAUGUGUAUAGUUUUGUAAAUAUGUAAAUGUAUGUUUUUAUCCACCUAUGAAAUAAUUUAAGGAAUGCAAAUCAAAUUUAGAUUUUAAUUUAUGAUUUGUGGCAGUUAAAGAGUGUUAUUUAAAAGAUAUUGAGAAGAUUUAUGUACAACACUAAAGUAGACCUUUGUAAUAGUGGAGCUGUACACAUCAUUAUGUGAGAUCAGACUGGAGCACUGCAGGCCAAAGUGACCAAACUCACAACUGUAUUGACUUGUUUUUGGGUGUUUUAAGGAGAUUUUGAUCUUGCCAUAAGUAAAUCAAGAUCUAUAAAUCGACCAAGGAGAUUUUUCUCCCAAAGAAUAAAUUCUGUUUGA